AUGUCACCCAGUAUUGUCCUAGAUGACGAUCUUCAAAUCUUCGACAUCAGGCAGAGUGGUGAAAGUCUUGAUCUAAAAAGUAAAAUCAUAACGGGUCUUCAGUCCCUGGCACCUACACUUCCUUCCUUGUUACUCUGGAACGACAGAGGACAGAGGCUUUUUGAUCGCUUUUCACAGACGCCCUCUUACUACCCUUUCCAUAGUGAGAUUGAGGUUCUCAACCGACAUGGCUCAAAUAUAGGUGAAUGUAUUCCUACCAGUGGGGUUCUUCUCGAACUAGGGUGCGGGGCGAUUCGCAAAACCAAGUCGAUCCUGUCCAGCUUCAGGCGCGAGCAGAAGCCAGUACACUACUUUGCGCUGGACGUGUCAAGUCAAGGCCUCGAGGCCAGUCUAAUCGAGCUGAGAAAAGUGUUCAGGGAUUGUCCUUUCAUCACUAUCACGGGGCUUCUGGGCACCUAUGACGACUGCGUAGCCUGGCUGGCUGGUCUCAAAAACACCAGUGUCAACGGUUCAGUGACUAUCUUGUGGCUGGGGAACAGCAUUGCCAAUGUCAAUAGCCAAGACGAAGCAAGCGCCUUCUUGGAGCGGUUUGGCACGGCAUGUCAACGCGCAGACCUGGCGUGCCGCUUCGUCGUGUCCACGGACAUCUGCCAGAAGAACCACAAGGUCCUCGAGGCCUACGAUGUAGAGAGGCCAGAGUACCGCGAAUUCUUGCUCAACGGAAUCGAAGCGGCGAAUCUGGCGCUGGGGUAUGCUGCCUUCUCACUCGAGGACUGGCAGCCGAACAGCUGGUUGGAUGAGCUUGAGCGCAAUCUCCAUUUCUACCUAACGGCACGCCGGGAUCUGCUGGUCCCACUUGCCCCAGAGAAUGUUGAUGGAGGUAACGCCAUGAACGCCGUGAAAGUGUUCAAGGGCCAGCGCGUGCGAAUAGUGACGAGCGGCAAGUGGAGCGAAGAAGCUAUGCGUGGCAUCUGCAGUCGCGCCGGCUUUCACAUUCGUCAGCAGUGGAAGGACGAGACGGGCGACUACUGUGAGUAUGAGAAACUGUAG